UAGCACAUUCGAUUAAACUAUUUCCCCGGGCGUGGGUAAAGACAGAGCAAGCAAGAUGAUAAAUAAAUGACACAGUUUGUCGAACGAUGUGGUAGAAUCAGAGUCCCGGUGCUUUAUUUUGAACCUGAAACACCCUGUGGGGCGAAAAGGUCCAAUUUUAAAGUUUCAGUGAAUCUGCGCUUUUGUCCGCGAUUGUCGUGACUCGGUGAGACAUGAUUAUUUUUUGAAAAUCCACCUACCUUGUUAUUGAACCUAAUUGACAUUAAUUUGUUCAACGAAUACUAGCUGAAAUGGGAACGGAUUACAAAAAGAUGUAUCUUGAACUCAAUGGCCUUUUGGAGGAUAUUUGCGAAUUUUUAUCAAGCGAAAAAUUGGACAACUUAUCAGUGAAAGACAAGCGACUGGCAGAAUCUCUUAUAAACAGAUCAAAAAAGCAACUCCAAGAGAUAGCGAAGGUGCAAAUCAAUGAUGAAUACGUACCGAUGGACAAAAUGGAAACCAAAAAAGAGACCAAAGAGGAAGAUGGAGAAUGUGAAGGUGACAUUUACUCUUUUGUCGAUGACUGUAUGCCAAAAAUUGAUGUACCAAUCAUAGAGGAAGUAGUGCCACUCUCUUAUUUGGUUUAUGGCCCUUACACACAAGGACAUGAAGCAAUGGGUGGUGUCAAUCAAUAAAUGCCACGAUGACUUGGUGAGGAAGAAAAAGAGUAUGCCCAUAAUUCAAUCUGAAAAUCCAUAUAGCAAUGACGUUGUACCUCAUAGCAAUAAAGAUGAUAUAUACGAGGAAGGAGAUGAGAUAUAUUCAGAACUUAAACCAGACGUUCCAGGCAGCAUUCCAAAAACAAUGACGGUAUUUCCAAAUGUAUUUGUUGUUAAACCACCAUUGCCUCUUGGAAGGCCAGGCACUAAUAAACCUAAACUACCCAAAAGAGUAUCUCCCCCAGUUGUAAAACCUCUUACCCCCACGAAUCAUUCAUCAGACGAAGAUUUGGGAUCGUACGAAGAAAUAUUUACGAAUACGGGAAACAAUAAUGUUUUACCACCGCCAAAACCCCUUUCUGAUGAAGAGGAUGACUCUUACCAUGUUAUGUCAGGGGGGCGCAAGGCCAGUAGGUCUCUAAGCAAUUCAACAAAAAGUUUAGACUCGUUUUCUGCUGGAAGUGGAGAUUCGAUUUAUCAAGUAUUUUCUGAUCUUAAACCUCAGAUUAGACAGUUAAACGGUGAAGUGGGGAAAAGUAGCGGGGAAACUUUAGUACCACCACCUUCACAACCACCUGCUUCCCGAAAAGAAGACCCUCCAACGAAAAAUAAAGUUUUGUCACUGUCUGAUAAAUUCAGUCUAAAACCAAAACCUUCAGAACUACCUGCUUCUCGGAAAGAAGACCUUCCAACGAAGGAUGAAGUUUCUUCGCCAACUGCCAAACCGAAUCUAAAACAAAAACCUAGCCUGAAGAAAAUUCCGCCACCACCGCCAAAAAGGUUAUUUCGAAAUAACUGACAAUCUAAUUCUAUUACAAAUAAUGUUUCAGCCUAAAUCACAAUCUCUUUGAAAAUUCUGAUAUUUUCUUUCUCAAAGAAAAACCUUGUGAUUACAAGUGGAAUUAGAUAUCUAUUUAGAUUAGUAGUUGUGAAUAAACAUAAAGAAAAUUGAGUAGUCACAACACACUACAUUUUUGUUAGAUAGUUUUUUCAAUUUUCAAUUUUAUCUGCUGAAAAUAGUUUUAGCCAUUUUAGAUGAAGAAAUUUGAAGUUUUCAAGAGUAUGAUACCUCUAGUCAGUUCUGAUUUUUUUUUUCGCAAAUUUUAGUAUAAGCGUUUCGAGAAAAACUAAUCUUACGUUAACAUUGAAUUACUUUGAGAAGAUAUUUCUGCUUCUGAAAGAAGCAGAAAAUAAAAAAAAUACUCUAUAUCAAGGAAGAAAGUAUAAUUCACAAAUAUAAUAAUGAGUAGCUUUAAACCAAAUUCUAGUAUAUUCUGAAUGUGUAUUUUAAUAAAACUGACAGAGAAAA